AUGGGCAAUCAACCGAAAAUCGACUUGCUCCAGGCCGAGGUCGACGAGAACAACCAAAGCUUUUUCCGCCUGUUAGUUGACGGUCGGGCCGUCAAAUACAUCACCGUUGAACCUGGCCUCUACAGCGUCGAAGAUAUGUGCUUCGGCCCUUCACUCAUCUCCAUCUUGCCCGAACUUCCUCAGGGAGACUGGAACGACGGUUUAGUCGCCAGGGACGCCAACGACGGUCGACCGCAGUUCGCAUACGCGAGGCGGACUCAAUUCCCCAGCGUUCGAAAUACGUGGCAUGGGACGUACGUCGAUUACAUGGAGCUUUCGAUCGGCCGGAAACUCCGGACGGGAAUUUACGAAGUCAAGUGUUCAUCAUUUGACAAUGAUGUCGUCGUCGCCAAAUUCGCCCGUUUCCCCUGGGAGAUCCAAUACAUCGAGAACGAGACUACCGCGUAUCAAUGGAUAUCUGGCCAUGAUAUUGGGCCACGAUUUCUGGGUCACUUGACUGAACACGGUCGGGUCAUUGGGUUCUUGAUGGAAUAUAUACCCAAUGCACGGCAUGCUGAGGCUGAGGAUGUUCAGUCCUGCAGGGAGGUGUUGUCUCGGCUACAUGGCUUGGGGGCCGUGUUGAUCGAUUUUGACACGGCGAGGAAAUGCGACGAUCCUAACGUGCUUCUGCUGGAGGAGCAGAAUUUAAGCGCGUGCCUGGAAGAUGUUUCGACCAGAGGGGGAGGCGGGCUUCUCUGA